AUGGGCGAUACCAUGAGCUGGCUCCACACCUAGUACCCAUGGACUACACCAACGAGCCUGAUGUUACAAUACCCUUAGCUCUUAUAGUCAGCAUGCCGGAACUAAAUGAGAACCCGUUCAGGAACAGGAUCGUGGAGUCCUUCUCUGAGGACGGAGCGGGGAACCUGAGCUUCAACGACUUUGUGGAUAUGUUCUCUGUCCUCAGUGAGACAGCCCCCAGGGAGCUCAAGGCCAUAUACGCCUUCAAAAUAUACGAUUUCAAUGUGGAUAACUUCCUGUGUAAGGAGGAUCUGGAGAAGACUUUGAACAAGCUGACGAGGGAGGAGUUGAGCCCUGAAGAGGUCACCCUGGUCUGUGAGAAGGCCAUCGAAGAGGCUGACCUAGACGGAGAUAGCAAACUGUCCUUCGCUGACUUUGAAAACAUGAUCACCAGGGCUCCUGACUUUUUAAGUACCUUCCACAUAAGAAUAUGAAAAGGCUCCUUGGAAAGGUCUAUAUUCUGAUUUUAUGGCAGAGAUCCUGACCAUGCAAAAAACACUGCCCACACACACCCUGACCACAGCACAGUGCCUCUCUGCGGCUACAGACAUCACUCUCCCUGGACGUCUGUCUGUGGAGAUGUCAGCUGAACCAGGAACAGACUGGCUUCGUUCUCACUAUGACCCUGGAUCUCUUCAGUUUGGUUGUCCUCUCUUAGACACAACCACAUUCUCUUUGGCCUCCUGUGUUUCCUCUUCAUUAGCCUUACUUGUUUUUCCUCUGUUUGGUUUGAGGAUGUCGUUUAGUUUUGUUGUUGAUGUUUAUAUGUCGUAGUAAUAUUAUUACUACAGCCUCUGAUGCAACGAUGCUUUGUAUGUUUUCUUAAAGCGACAGAGAAAGGGAAGGUGAAAUGGGAACCUUUAUAAACUGUUCCUCCCCACUCAAACCCAGACCAGCCCUGGAGGAGUACAAGCAGAUCCACAGAAACAUUCCCCUUGUGCCUCAGAUCUCCAUACUCAGGUCUCCUUAAUGAACGGAUGAGGACCAUCUACAGCCCUGAGAGGUCAGGACCUGGAACAUGCCUGGUUGAAACCUGCCUUGGUGUACAUUAUACAAGACCAGAUGACAAAGAGAGAGCACAGACAGAGAGCACAGACAGACAGGACAGAGAGAGAGGACAGACAGAGAGGACAGACAGACAGGACAGACAGACAGGACAGACAGACAGACAGGACAGACAGAGAGGACAGCACUGCAUCACCAAGGUCACACAGACAGACGGACAGAGUUUUAUGACAGCAAUGCACUAUUUACUCAUCACACGUAUAAAACAUAAUAUUCUGUUUCUCCUGUUGUUAGUGAAUUGUUGGGUCAUUUCUAAGUCUUGUCCAAAAUGGCAACCUAGUCCCUUAAUAGUGCACUACUUUUGACCCGGGCCAGUAGUGCACUAUCUAGUGAAGAGGGUGCCGUUUGGAACUCCCUCCUGCUCUUGAUGAAUUUCUCCGGACAUUUCUAUGUUCUGUUGUUGCUAUAAUUAAUGAUGAUAUCACACCUGACUGUUCUCUAGUUCUCAUGAAGACAUGUACCCAUCUCUACUAUCUCUACCAUAGCCUCAGACAUCUCUACUGCUACCAGUCUCUUACCCCUCUCCUCAGGGGACCCUCAGACAUCGCUACUGCUACCAGUCUCUUACCCCUCUCCUCUGGGGACCCUCAGACAUCUCUACUGCUUCCAGUCUGUUACCCCUCUCCUCUGGGGACCCUCAGACAUCUCUACUGCUACCAGUCUCUUACCCCUCUCCUCAGGGGACCCUCAGACAUCUCGACUGCUACCAGUCUCUUACCCCUCUCCUCAGGGGACCCUCAGACAUCUCUACUGCUACCAGUCUCUUACCCCUCUCCUCUGGGGACCCUCAGACAAUUCACAAUGUUGAUAUAGCCCUGACGUAGCUCACCUGAUUCACCUAUAAGGGCCUGAUUAUUAAUUGACAAGUUGAAUCAGGUGUGCUAGCUGGUAUAGGUAAAAUGCAUUGAAUGUCUGGGGGUCCAAGAGAAGAGGUUUGGAACAGCUGGGGGUCCUGAGGAGAGGUUUGGAACAGCUGGGGGUCCUGAGGAGAGGUUUGGAACAGCUGGGGGUCCUGAGGAGAGGUUUGGAACAGCUGGGGGUCCUGAGGAGAGGUUUGGAACAGCUAGUUGUCCUGAGAAGAGGUUUGGAACAGCUGGGGGUCCUGAGGAGAGGUUUGGAACAGCUGGGGGUCCUGAGAAGAGGUUUGGAACAGCUGGGGGUCCUGAGGAGAGGUUUGGAACAGCUGGGGGUCUCAGAGGAUAGGUUUGGAACAGCUGGGGGUCCUGAGGAGAGGUUUGGAACAGCUGGGGGUCUCAGAGGAGAGGUUUGGAACAGCUAGGGGUCCCGAGGAGAGGUUUGGAACAGCUGGGGGUCCUGAGGAGAGGUUUGGAACAGCUGGGGGUCCUGAGGAGAGGUUUGGAACAGCUGGGGGUCCUGAGGAGAGGUUUGGAACAGCUAGUUGUCCUGAGAAGAGGUUUGGAACAGCUGGGGGUCCCGAGGAGAGGUUUGGAACAGCUGGGGGUCCAAGAGAAGAGGUUUGGAACAGCUAGUUGUCCUGAGAAGAGGUUUGGAACAGCUGGGGGUCCUGAGGAGAGGUUUGGAACAGCUGGGGGUCUCAGAGGAUAGGUUUGGAACAGCUGGGGGUCCUGAGGAGAGGUUUGGAACAGCUGGGGGUCCAGAGGAGAGGUUUGGAACAGCUAGUUGUCCUGAGGAGAGGUUUGGAACAGAUGGGGGUCCAGAGGAGAGGUUUGGAACAGCUGGGGGUCUCAGAGGAGAGG